CCUCCCUCCUCACAACCUACGACUUCCGGAAUCACCUCGUUGUACCAUAUAAGCUGUGCAACCGAGGCCUGCGAUCCUCAAAGCAAAAUAACCUCGAUCGAAACCCCAGAAUCGUCACCCAUCAUGAACAUCGAUACGAUCCCAGAGUUCCUGGCAGAGCAGACCGAGAAGGCUCACAGUGAUCUGCAACCACUGUUCCUUGACUUUGAGGAUUUGUGGGAGAAAAAAUUAUGGCAUCAGUUGACGGAUGCGCUGAUAGAGUUUUUCAACCACAAAGAGAGUGCUUCCCAACGCCUGGAUAUCUACAAGAAGUUCAUUCUCUCGUUCGCCGACAAGAUCAACCAACUGAAGCUCGUAACCUUGGCUCUCAGUGCUGCUACACAGUGCAAAACCAGCGAAGAACGCCUCUCCUUCCUCACAGCCCUGGCGAAUAAGGUCAACGGCCCGAACUCUCAAGAUGCCUAUGUCUACGCUACAGUCGCUGUUGCUACCAUCAAGCUCGAGUUGGAUGACAAGGAUGGUUCGCGGAAAGACUUGGACAAGUCAGAGAAGAUCUUGGAUGGCUUUGAUUCCGUCGAGACUAUCGUCCAUGCCGCUUUUUACAGAGUCAAUGCAGAGUACUUUCAUUCCAAAGGAGAAUAUGCCUCGUACUACCGCAACGCCUUAUUGUUCUUGGCUUGUAUCGACUUGAACGACCUCACACCAAACGAGCGCAAGCAGCGGGCAUACGAUCUUGCUAUUGCAGCUUUGGUCUCGGACACAAUAUACAACUUUGGCGAGCUUCUUCUCCACCCUAUCCUCGAUUCUUUAAAGAGCAGUGAAGAAUGGUUGUACAAAUUACUCUUCGCCUUCAACGCCGGAGAUCUGAUAGCUUAUGAUAGCCUGGCCAACCACAUCACCUCCAACGAGAUCCUCAGACAACACCAAGAUGGCCUGAGACAAAAGAUCUACCUGGCUACGUUGACCGAGACCGUAUUCCGAAGACCACCACACGAUCGUGCUAUGUCCUUCAGCACCAUUGCCGAGGAGACCAAGGUCCGACCUGACGAGAUCGAGCACUUGAUCAUGAAGGCUUUGAGCUUAGGCCUGUUACGAGGAAGCAUAGACCAAGUUGAUGAGAUUGCAAGAAUCAACUGGGUACAGCCUAAGGUGUUGGACAUGAAGCAAAUCGACAACAUGCGUGCGAGAUUACAGGAGUGGGACUCAAAUGUCAACCAACUGGGUCACUGGAUCGAGGCAAAGGGACAGGAUGUUUGGGCGGCAUGAUUUCACAUGGCAUGGCGUCUGGAUUAAUGAAGACUGGGCAUGGGAUGUAUUAUAGAUCUCUGAGCAUGAGACAAGAUAUUGGCAUUAGCCACUAAGAAAAACUGAUGCAGCAGAGGCUUGAUCUGUUUUUGAUCAAGAUCCUCAAUGAGAAUAUACACUUCACAAGCAAACCUAGAACUUAACCUCUCA